AUGGAAUCGAUUGAAUCGAAACAAGUUCAACUUUUGGAUGCUGAACCGAGAAUAAUCUUUGAUAACAUUAUGGCAAGCUUUCUCACUGAUGAAAGUAAUAUUCAAUACCAAUUACGAGCAAUUGAUAUAAUCAAAUUAAAGAGUCAAUUAUUUUGCAAUGAAACAGUAAUACAACAUUUACUCGAUCUAUUAGAAUGGUCUGUUCAAUCAGAAGGAAUAAUUCCUUCUUGGAAGAACUUUAUUGAUUACAUUGACCCAACCAAAUAUAAAUAUGUAUCAUCUCGAAUAUUCCCAAUGAUGCUCAAACAAUUGUAUCAAAUGGAGACUGGUAGUAGAGAAAAAAUGGAUGUAUUGCGCGUUUUCCAAGACAUAGGAGCAACGGUGGGUAUGAAUUCGAGGGAAGACUGGAAGGAUUGGAGUUAUAUUUCGAUUUAUCUCCCAUCCAUCAUGAAACAACUCCUCCUCUGCUUCAAUCAAUUGAAACCUUCCCAAAGAGGACAUUUCCUCAAUCUAUCAUAUUUCCGACACUUGGUUGACCAUGUAUGCAAACUUGACACUGUCGAUAUGAUGUGCGGCAUGAUACAGGCAACAGUGGCCAAGGAAGGGGUCAGCAGUCCAAACAGUCAACUCUUGUUUGACCGUUUCAUCAAAAUAGUGAUGGAUCCACCAUCAACAUCAAGUAUGAAGAAUCAAUCAUGGUACUCUAGGAUGAAUGCAAUGGCAGAGAUGAUUGGCGUGAUACAAGGAGGCAUUUGGACAAAUCAUCAAAUUCAAGUAUUCACCAAACGUGAUAAUGAAUAUUUUCAAAAAUUAAAGAAAAUCUCUUCAAAACAAUAUAAAAAAUCAUACAAGAGGUCUGAGAAUUUAAAGAGAGCACUAUUCGAUUGGAUGCAAAAUCACUUUGUUCUAUGUCUCCUUUUCAUUUCACCAAACCCAAAAACCAUCAUCAACAAUCAAGAAAUGCAAACAUUGUUACUCGAAAUGGCUCGGACAUCGUUGGAUGAAUUUAUAACAAUGGCACCCAUCUUUGAAAAUGCCUAUUGUUAUUUCAUUCCAACUAUUGUACUUAGAUGGCAAUUAUUAUUAUUACUUUACAUUGAACAACAAGACAAGGUAAAAGUAGUACUAGACUAUUAUCAGAAAAUAGUACCACUAUUACUUGUGAAUAACAUUCCCGAUGAAUCACAGUAUAUAGGCGAUGACUAUCAAUACAUGACAGGUUCGUUUUGGUUGAUAAUCAAGAUCCUUGUCAAAAAUAUGGAUCAACAACAGUGUCAAAUACAUUUGAACAAGAUUCACCAAAUGAUGAUUGAUUUUAAUGAUGAAAGACAAAGUCAAUUACCGAACCAUUUUUGCUUGUUGUUAGAGACAUUGUGGAGAGUUCAAGAAUAUGACGACUAUGACGAUGAUGACGAACGUCUUUGUCAUCAAUUCAUCACAAAAGUAGAUGAUCGCUAUUUGUUGAAACAAAUAAAUUAA